AUGAUUCCAAGCAGGGCUAAUGCUAAGGCUCGUAGAGCUGGUCAUCAUGUAAGGCAUUCUUUUGGUAUUAGCAAUUUAGUAGGUGAUCCAUUCGCUAUAUCUACUAUUUCAAUUUCGAUGAUUUCUUGGGUUAUUACACUUGGUGGUUCAAUUGCUUCAGCUACUGAUAGAGAAUCGUUCCCAAGGUUUACUUGGUGGGGGAUUGCUUACCAAGCUCUACUUUUGUUUAUUAUGAUUGUAAUUUACUGUUACGAUCUGGUGGAUUAUUAUAAAGGUUUCAUCUCUUCUGGUAGUGGUGUCGCUUUUAUUUACAAUACAAAUAGUGCAACUAACCUGGUUUACAGUAAUGGUGCAAGAAAAGCUGCUGCCUCAGCUGGUGUUAUACUGUUAUCUGUGAUUAAUUUGAUUUGGGUUUUCUAUUACGGUGGUGAUAAUGCUUCUCCUACAAACCGUUGGAUCGAUUCCUUCUCUCUACGUGGUAUCAGACCUUCUGCUUACGAAGAUGCUUUAAUUAGAUCUUUACGUCGUAGGUCUGCUGUUCACAGUAGAAAUUUACAAAAUGCUGCUUUAGAGAGAGAAAACUUACAUCUAUCAACAAACUUAUACAAUGGGGUCGACCAAAAUCAAAAUUACGUCUCAGCAGUGGGCUUAACUGGGUUCGAAAAUACUAAUCCAAAUUCAACCAAUUCAAAUUUUAAUAGCCCUUACAGAGAUCAACAGAAUGAUGAGGUUAUUAGUAUGCAAAUUCGUAAUCCUACUGAUACUUUGAAGACAAGUAAUGAAAAUGUAAAUACUUUUGUAACAGAGUCUUCGAAUGGUAAUACUGAAACCACUAUGGGCGAUACUUUAGGUUUAUACAGUGAAUUCGGAGAUGAAUCUUUCCCUUACACUGCAAGAGCCUUGUACUCAUAUCAAGCUGAUGAUGCUGAUGGUUAUGAAGUUUCAUUCGAACAAGGUGAAAUAUUAAAAGUCAGCGAUAUCGAGGGUAGAUGGUGGAAAUCUAAGAAGGAGACCGGUGAAGUAGGUAUCAUCCCAAGUAAUUACGUACAAUUAAUAGAGGAUGACGAAGGUAUAUGA